AUAUCAGAAAAUGUUCAGAUAUCUACUUCAUUAGCUCAUUCAGAACCGGAAAGCUCAACCAAGAGUAUCAAUCAAAUAAUGCCUGGUUCAGAGAUACCUGCAGUAAUGCCAACUUCAUCUUUACCUCCUCAAUCAGUUAGCAAGCCGUUGACAAGUAAUCCUAUAGAUAUAUCUCUACCUAAAACGCCUCAUGAUGAAACUAUUAUUAGAGAUCUAGAAGUUCAGAGUGCUCAAAAGGAAACUGUAUCAAGGGAAAAUGAUGUUAAAGGAAGCAUUGAAGGUUCUCCAUCAUCUCGGAAUGCUGAGAUAACUACCCCUUCAACUCAUUCAAAAUUAGCAGGCUCGCUGCCUGACAUCUUAGUUACUUCUUCGGCAAACACGCUUCCACAUAUUCAUGGUCAAAUCAAGUUCAACACAAGGAAAUCAGAUGUUGAAGAGGAUGGGAAGGUGAUUCCUGUGACAAAUCUUAAAGACUUGGAAGAUGAUGAUCUCAUCAACAUGCUUCAAUCCAUGGAGGAUGAUUAUAGUGGUAAAACACCAACAUCAUCAUCUGUUCCUACUGCUGCUGCUGCUGCUGCUAAAGAUGAGCUUGUUGCAAAGGCCCUUAGUGACUUGGAAGACUACUUGAAGAUGCCUCUUAAGGACAUAGCAACAUCAGAGGACUAUAUUCUUCGCCUUCAAACAGCUCUCAACUUCUUGUCUCGCCUUUCCUUGGAAGAUGAAGCUCUAUCCCAUGAAGUUAUGGCUAUAAUAAAGUCUAUGCACAAAGAGUUGCCUAACAUUCUGUCAUCUUUCAAGCAAGCAUUUGCUACUGUUAAUAAAUUUGCAGAGCUUGAAGAAAGAGAUAAGAGGAUCAAGGAGGAGCUAACUCAACGAAAGGAGGUUGCCACUGCUCUUGUUUCCAAAAUGUCCGAGACCCAGAAGUUUAUGGAUGAAGCUGAAGAGAACGAAGCUAGGCUGAAGGAGCAGAUCUCUAGGUUGGAGAAAGUGAAAAAGGAUUGUGAGGCUGAAUUAUUUUCUCUGCAAGAGCAGAAGAGGAAACAUAUUGUAGAAACAGUAGAGUUCAAGAAAGAGUUCGAGACUGUGAGGAAAGAGAAGUCCGAGAUGGCAGAAGAUGAAAGAAAGUCCCGGCAACAACUGUUUCAGGUUGAUCAUAAAUUGCUAAUAGAAAUCUCUAAUAAUGCUUCCUUUGCUUAUUUUGAAAGACCAAAUAAAGUUUGAGAGGUUUUUAA